AUGGCAACCCGUUCCCGGCCAGCCUCUCGAACCCGCUCCCCAAUCGAUCAAGGGGAGCUGGGACCCUUCCUUCCGCCAGCCACCCCUGUCGAGCUUGGGGAGGUGUCCCUCGAGCGCGUCACACGCCUCCUCCUUGGCCUCCUUGGCCAAGUCGAACGCCUCAAGCAAGAAGUCGGGGAAAUCAAGGAAGCCGGGAUCGAGACCCGCACCAACGUCGAAAACAUAUCCCAAGCCGUCGAUGUUGUCAAGGAUGGGCUUAGAAGCCUCCAAACCCACGGGCCAAGGACCCCAGAGGAUACAAAACCCCCGGUCGUGGAAGCAACGCCACGCCCCCUAUCAAAAGUCGACCCUAUUGGAUUGACUAGUCGGGUCUCAUUCUGGCCCAAACCAUCUAAAGGGUUGCCCGCCUUUGCCCAACCCACUCCCGUACGAGCAGUGCCCCCGCGAGUCCCAUCUCCCCCUCCAUCUCCGCGUCUCCGAUCCCCGAUCGGAGCACCUGCCCCUCUCCCUCCGGCUCCAGCAGCCCACUACCCCGCUCCGGUCAAGGUUGACCACCCCGACGCCUACACAGGCAAAAUAGGGAGCGAGGCAAAACAAUGGCUGACCCGGAUGCUGGCCUGGACCCGCCUCAACUCGCGGAUGUUCCCAACUGAUCAGGAGGUCCUAUCCUUCCUCCUGAUGAACAUGAAGGAUUCCGCCGGGGCCUGGGCCCAUCCACACCUCGACCAGCUCGGUUCACACCGAGCCAUUAUUCAAACGGUUGAAGGGUUCAAAAUAGAGUUCCUGGCAGCGUUCGGCGACCCAGAUGCCACAAGGGCCGCCGAGCGGAAGAUAACCUCCCUUACCCAAUCCGGCACAUGCGCGGAUUACAUUACAAAGUUCAGAACCCUAGCCAUGGAACUGGACUGGAACGACGCGGCCCUUCGAGGCCAGUUUGCCUGCGGCCUCCACUGGGAGGUCAGUCGCCAAAUUGCAACCCGCAAACACCGGCCCCAAACACUCCUUGAGCUGCAGAAUGCAGCACUCGUCAUUGACAACGCUCUCCGCGAAGAGCGUGCUAGCCAUCCGCCGAAGGAUAAUAAGCCUAGCAGACCAUCCAACCCCGCAAGGGGGACGAGUACCGGCCAAGUCACAUCCGGUUCAAAAAAACUCUCCGACGAUCCCAACUUUGUGUCGGAAGAGGAACGUAAUCGCCGCCGCGCCGCUGGCGCUUGCAUCAAAUGCGGUAAGAUGGGCCAUAAAUUCGCGGAGUGCCGCACGGGCUGGAAGGCUACCCCUAUUGAGGACAAGGGGAAAGCCAAGGAAACCGCCAAGGACCCCAAGCACUCUGGGAUUGUCGAAAUUUGUAAUAUAUCUAAUAGUAGAAAUAAAAUCUCCCCCCUGUUCACAAUUUUGAUCAAACCAGAAAAACAAGCGGAUACACUAGAAGUCCUGAUAGACUCAGGCGCCACUUCAUCAUUUCUCCACCCCCGUACCGCGGAACUACUCCGCCUCCCACUCAUAGACCUCCCUACACCCCGCACUGUUACUAUGCUUGAUGGGUCGAGCCCCCAGGCUGGCAAAAUCUGGAAGAAGGCUAACCUUACCUUCUCCUUUGAUGGCAAACAAAUGACCGAGACCUUCCUAAUCUGCAACACAGGGUCUCAUCCUGCCAUCCUAGGGUUGAAAUGGUUGGACGCCCACAAUCCAGAGAUUGAUUGGAAUUUGCGUACACUCUCUUUCCCCCAUACACCGCCAGAACACGUGGCUAUUGCUGAGGAAGAGGAAGCUGACAAGGACCCUCUUGAAGGAGUACCCCCAGAAUACCAUCAAUACGCUAAGGUAUUCGGGGAGGAAGAAUUCAACAAGCUCCCACCUCACAGGCAUUACGACAUUGGGAUUGAACUUACAGAAGAAGGCCCCCUAAAUUUGCCCCUUUAUAGUAUGACUGACGCCAAAUCCGCCACACUCAAGGACUGGCUCAGGGACGAACUCAAGGCAGGCAAGAUACGGCCCAGCAAGUCUUCUAUCAGUUCCCCUGUAAUGUUUGUUCCAAAAAAGGAUGGUUCUCGUCGCCUAGUAGUGGACUAUCGUCGCCUCAACAAUCGGACAAAAAAGAAUGUAUACCCGUUACCCCGUCCAGAUGACCUCAUGGCCCAGCUCCGUGGUGCCAAGGUCUUUACCAAAUUAGACCUAAGAUGGGGUUACAACAACGUCCGAGUUAAGGAAGGUGACAAAUGGAAGACCGCCUUCCGUACCAAGUACGGUCUCUACGAGUCCCUGGUAAUGACAUUUGGCCUGACCAACGCCCCUGCUGCCUUCCAACACUUCAUGAACAAACUAUUCAAGGACUUGUUGGAUGUAUGCGUCAUCAUUUACCUUGAUGACAUCUUGAUUUACUCCAAAGACGACGCAUCCCACACACAGCAUGUUCAUGAGGUCCUACGGCGCCUAAUGGCAAAUCAGCUGUUCUGCAAGGCAUCUAAGUGUACAUUCCACGUCACUUCUGUGGAAUACUUAGGGAUCAUUGUGUCCAAUAAGGGUUUCAGUCUGGAUAGGCUUAAAAUCCAGGCAGUACAAGAAUGGCCGGCCCCUACCAAGGUUAAAGAAGUCCAAUCAUUUCUAGGCUUUGCCAACUUUCUCCGCCGAUUUGUUGCCAACUUUAGUCACAUGGCCAGACCGCUACACAAUCUGGUCAAAAAGGAUACACCAUGGAAAUGGGAUACAAAGGAGCAAGAAGCAUUUCAAGGUCUAAAAGACGCCAUUACCAAUGCCCCCGUACUCUGCCACGCCGACCCCACCAAGCCUUACUUUCUUGAGACAGAUGCAUCUGGCGCGGCCCUAGGGUCCAUACUCAGUCAACGGCAAGAAGACGGACGCCUACAUCCACUGGGAUUCCUGUCAGAAUCAUUCAAGGGUGCUGAACAGAAUUAUGACACCCACGACAAGGAACUCCUGGCCAUCAUCCAAUCAUUUGAAUAUUGGCGCAUCUUUUUGGAAGGAACUCUGCACCCCAUAACGGUUUUCACGGAUCACCGAAACCUGGAAUACUGGAAGGAAUCUAGAACCUUCAAUUGCCGCCAUGCACGCUGGCACCUACUCCUGGCUGGGUACAAUUUCCAAAUCGUGUACCGCCCUGGUAAACAAUCCGGAAAACCAGAUGCCUUGUCCCGCCGAUCAGAUCACGCCGAUGUUCCACCUGCCAAUCAAACCAUGCUCCCUGACCCCGUAUUUGCCAACGUUGCCUUAGUAACCCCUGAAAAGGAACUACAACGCCAAAUUGAGACAUCCCUGGAUCAGGAUGAAUCCCUGGAAGAGAUACUCCAGUUCCUGCAAAACGAAUCCAAGGCACCACCUUCUAUCAAAAGGGCGUUCAAGGAUUACGAAAUGGAAGCCGGCCUGUUGUUCUACCAAGGGAGGAUUGUGGUACCAGAUGUUGGGACUUUACGGACGGACCUACUCCGCAUAUUCCACAACAGCCCUCUGGCAGGACACCCAGGCAGACAACGGACAUUGGAACUGAUUUCUAGGAACUAUUACUGGCCCGGAAUCCGCGCAGAUACCUACUGGCACGUAGACUCCUGUGAAACCUGCCAACGCAUCAGGAAACCCAAGUACGCGUCCAUUCCCCCUCAACCCCUGGAAUUACCUACACAACCUUGGCAACACGUGUCUUAUGACAUGAUAGUAGACCUGCCCAGAGAUGGAACUUGCGAUUCAAUCUUGGUCAUUGUUGACAGCUUCACCAAGUACGGGAUUUUUGUCAAAUGUUCCAAAAAACUCAAAGCACCCAAGCUGGCGGAACUAUUCCUGGAACAUGUGUGGAAACGGCACGGAAUGCCUGAAAAAACGGUCUCGGAUAGGGGAAGGGUCUUCAACAACAAAUUCCUAAAAGCGCUAUACAAACGCCUAGGAAUAGACCCUCACUUCUCUUCGGCUUAUCAUCCUCAGAGCGACGGCCAAACGGAAAGGGUGAACCCCUCCAUUGAACACUUUCUCAGGGCUUACUCAGGGAUCAACCAACGGGACUGGACCAAAUGGCUCCCAAUGGCGGAGUUUGCGUACAACAAUGCCGUACAUAGUAGCACGGGGAAGACUCCCUUCAAAGCCUUAUACGGAUGGGAACCCACCUUAACCCCGUCAAACGUACCAACCAACGUCCCAGAAGCAGACGACCUUGCCCAGACAAUGGAGGCACAAUGGAAGGAAGUGGAAUCGGCACUCCGGCAAUCUAAACAACGUAUGACGGCCGGGGAGGAAGGAGGCCCAACGGAAUUUGCAAUUGGGGAAGAGGCUUGGCUGGACGCCAAAAACGUCAACCUCAAAACCUUAAGUCCAAAGCUUACGGAACAACGCCUAGGACCAUUUAAGGUUAUUGAAAAAAUCUCCGACCGAGCCUACCGCCUGGAACUCCCUCCAACCAUGCGAAUCCACAACGUCUUCUAUGUAGGGCUCCUGUCUAAAGUCAAAAGAGACAAGAAGCGCACCUUUGAAAAUCGUCCCCCUCCUGUCACCGUGGACGGGGAAGAAGAAUACGAAGUAGAAGGAAUCACCGAUGCCAAGGAACAAAACGGGAAAUGGUUCUUCCGAGUCAAAUGGAAGGGUUAUGGGUCUGAAGAGAACACUUGGGAACCUUGA